UAAAAUAAAACGUUUAAAAUAAGUUCAUUAAUAUCAAACUUUUUUAUAAGUUACACCAAUUCAUCACAAGUCAAGAUCUAAAAUAGUAAAUUGAAAUUACUAGUGCAGCCAAUUUAACAUUCGAUUCGAGAAUUUAGUCACAUAGGCUAUUUGGUUAUAUGGACAUGAAGAUCAAAAGUGUUUUCUCAGAUUGCAAAUGUUAUAUGUGCAAAAGUGAGAGUAACAGUAAGUCAAAAACCAGUAAAAAGGAUGGCGUCAUCUUAAAUUCGAUUAUACUUUAAAUUUAAGGCAGCCAAAAAUGUGAACUUCCAUGAUUGUAUCUUAAAAAAAUCUUAUUUAAGAUUGUAAUUCUGUUUACAUGUAAAAAACACAUUUAACUCCCCUCAGAUUCUCAUCAGGAUAAUCUGUCUUCUGGAAGAGACCUGCCAUAUGAUGUGUAAUAUUGAUGCAAGAGUGUGUAUGUGUGUGUAUGUGGUUAACCCCCCUCCCAAAAUCCUCCCUGACUCUCAGGUGCUAAAAUGUGGCAGUUGAAGGCCUCACAGAGAGGUAUAAAUAGGACCGUCUUCCCAUGGAGAGACACAGUCUUUUAUUGGAGCUCCAAGCGUCUGAGAUCCAAAGACUGGAAGACAGACAGCAGCACGGCGAAAAAACAUACACCAGGCUUCCCCUGCGCCCCCAUGCAGAAAAGCCUCAGGGGAGAAUUUGCCAGCUGAGCUUCAACAACAAGCAGCAGAGACUAAACCGACGCCAUGGAGAAAGGGAGAUGGAGUUCUGAGGACGCUCCCAGAGCUUCAAUGCCAGACGAGCUCUCUCAUCCGAAGUUCUCCGAAUGGAAAUUUAAGCUCUUUCGGGUCAAGUCCAUGGAGAAAGCCCCGCUCCCGAAUGAAGCACAGGUGGAGAAGGAGAACCUGGCUGAGGUAGAGAUGGUGGGCUCACCGGGCAGUGUGAUGAAGCUUUGCUUUGGAGGCAAGAGUAAGGAGAACAUGGAAGGAGCUCGGGGGAGAGUGGACCUUAAACUGCAGGAGAUUGAUAACCAUAUGAAUCUACUGAAAAGUCUGUGUCGCCUGUGUGGCCUGGCAAUACGUAAGGCUAAAGGUCCGGCGCACGAGGUUCAAGGAGACUUGGAAGAAUCCAGCAGAUGUGCUUUGCGUAGGAUGGGCUGCAAAUUUGCCACCUGGCCGGAGGUCAUCUCCAAGGUGUUCAAGGUGGACGUUACAACCGACAUGGAAACGGUUCAUCCUUCCCUGUUCUGUCACCGCUGUUGGUCUGCUGCCAUGAGAGGUGGAGGUUUCUGUACCUUCACCAGGACCACGAUCCCGAACUGGGAACCCCACACCUCCCAUUGCAACAUCUGCUUCCCCAGGAAGACCUCGUUCAAGCGAAUGGGAAGGAAGAGAGUCAAGCUGCUAAAAGGUUCACACGGCCUUUCAAAGAGAAUCAAACGUGACUCCCCAACUUCUUCAGGUGUCAAUAAAUUGUGGAGGCAGGCGCCGGAGAAUCUCGGGACAACUGGAGGGAAGGAAUGGCUUAAACCGUCAAUUCAGAGAGGACAAUGGGUGAAAAACAUCACACAAUGUCACAGAGACCAUCUGAGCACUAAGCUUGUACCUCAAGAACUCCCAGUGGACCUGAUGUGUGCCUUCACCUGCCAAGUGUGUGAUCACUUGCUUUCUGACCCAGUCCAGUCGCCGUGUCAACACCUGUUCUGCCGUCUCUGCAUUGUAAAGUACAGUCACGCUUUAGGUCCAAACUGUCCCACCUGCAACCAGCACCUGAACCCAUCUCACUUGACCAGACCGGCAAAGUUCUUUCUCACCACCCUCAACUCUCUACCUCUUCUAUGCCCCAGUGAAGGGUGUGAGGAAUGGGUCAGAUUGGACUCCUUUAGAGAACACUGCCUCAACCACUACCAUGCCAAAGAGUCCCAAGAAGAGCAAACACCUUCGGAGCAGAACUUAGACAGUUACCUGCCGGUCAACAAAGGCGGGCGUCCUCGGCAGCACCUGCUCUCGCUGACCCGUCGAGCCCAAAAGCACCGACUGAGGGACUUGAAGAACCAUGUGAAGAUAUUCGCCGAUAAGGAAGAAGGUGGAGAUGUGAAGUCAGUCUGUUUGACGCUCUUUCUUCUGGCACUGAGAGCUGGGAAUGAACAUAAACAGGCAGAUGAGCUGGAAGCAACGAUGCAAGGCAGAGGAUUCGGUCUCCAUCCUGCUGUGUGUUUAGCUAUAAGGGUCAAUACCUUCCUCAGCUGCAGUCAAUACCACAAGAUGUACCGCACUGUCAAGGCUACAAGUGGGCGCCAGAUAUUUCAGCCUCUGCACACCCUUCGCAAUGCUGAGAAAGAGCUUCUCCCAGGCUACCACCUGUUUGAAUGGCAGCCAGCUCUGAAAAAUGUUUCCAGCUCCUGGGAUGUGGGAAUCAUCGAUGGCCUCUCGGGUUGGACUUCCUCCGUUGAUGAUGUCCCUGCGGACACCAUCGCAAGAAGAUUCCGCUAUGACGUGGCACUAGUUUCUGCAUUAAAAGACUUGGAGGAGGACAUCAUGGAAGGGUUAAGAGAGAGAGGCAUGGAUGACAGCACGUGCACUUCUGGUUUUACCGUGGUGGUAAAGGAAUCGUGUGACGGUAUGGGAGAUGUUAGCGAGAAGCAUGGAUCUGGCCCAGCGGUGCCUGAAAAGGCGGUAAGGUUUUCCUUCACAAUCAUGUCCAUUUCCAUUCGAGCUGAAGGUGAGGAGGAUGCCAUCACGAUCUUCCAAGAACAGAAGCCAAACUCGGAGCUCUCCUGCAGACCUCUGUGUCUCAUGUUUGUGGACGAAUCAGACCACGAAACACUCACGGCCAUCUUGGGACCAGUGGUGGCAGAGCGGAAAGCCAUGCUGGAAAGUCGGCUGAUUCUCUCCGUUGGCGGUUUGCUACGUUCCUUUAGGUUUUUCUUCCGAGGCACAGGCUACGAUGAGAAGAUGGUACGUGAAAUGGAAGGUCUAGAGGCUUCUGGUUCCACGUAUGUGUGUACUCUCUGUGAUUCAACUCGAGCCGAGGCUUCUCAGAACAUGGUGCUGCAUUCCAUCACACGCUGCCACGGUGAAAACCUUGAGCGUUACGAAAUCUGGAGGACGAAUCCCUUCUCGGAAUCAGCCGAUGAACUCCGUGACCGGGUCAAGGGUGUUUCUGCCAAGCCUUUCAUGGAGACUCAGCCCACUCUGGAUGCCCUGCACUGUGACAUAGGUAACGCAACCGAAUUCUACAAAAUCUUUCAGGAUGAGAUCGGUGAGGUCUUCCUGAAGAGCAAUCCAAGUCGAGAGGAGCGCCGACGCUGGCGUUCAGCCUUGGACAAGCAGCUGAGGAAGAAAAUGAAGCUCAAGCCCGUAAUGAGAAUGAACGGAAACUUCGCCCGCCGACUAAUGACGCGUGAAGCCGCGGAGGCGGUCUGCGAGCUCAUUCCUUCCGAGGAACGUCGUGAGGCUCUGUUGAAGCUGAUGGAUCUCUACCUCCAGAUGAAGCCCGUGUGGAGGUCCACCUAUCCUGCGCGAGACUGCCCAGACCAACUGUGUCGAUAUAGCUACAACUCGCAGCAGUUUGCAGAUCUCCUUUCAACUACGUUCAAGUACCGUUACGAUGGAAAAAUCACCAACUACCUACAUAAGACUCUAGCCCAUGUGCCCGAGAUCAUUGAGAGAGAUGGGUCUAUCGGAGCAUGGGCCAGCGAAGGAAACGAGUCCGGGAACAAGCUGUUUCGUCGUUUUCGUAAAAUGAACGCCAGGCAGUCGAAAACCUUCGAACUUGAAGAUGUACUGAAACACCACUGGUUGUACACCUCAAAGUAUCUACAGAAAUUUAUGGAGGCUCACAAGAAUUCAGCUAAAGCUUUACAGGCCACAAUCAACCCAGAAGAGAUCCCAGAAGAAGUAGACCUGGAUCUUGAAAUCCCAGAUUUUUAAGUCAUUUAUUAAAUAAGUAAAUACAUGAUUUACUUUCAUUGACUUUCUUUAAUGCACAUUCAUUUCUUGCUAAUGAAAAUAUUAAGUAAAUUACUUUAUUUCUUGAAAGAUGCAAUAUCAGGUGGGAUAGUAUUGUUUACUUUUUUUUUUUUUUUUGAAGCUCGUACAUAAAAGCGAGGAAAUCUGUUUCAUGGCAGAGAUAAAAUUGGAUAGGAAGUGUUAUUUCUUGUCCCCAGCUUUUACAGGCAAAUUUCUGUGUUUUAUUUCUUGCUGCUUGUGAAAUAUUAGGGAGUUUAUUGUAUUGUGACACUUCCAUGAAUUCAUACAGAAGGGUUAUUUAUGAAAACAUAGGAUGAUUUUAUCAUCACAAUAUUCUGAUGGUGAUCCACUGGGCCACAAAUAAUUCUGAAGGACACUUUGUUACAGUAUUUGCACAUGCAUGUUAAUCCUCUCAUGUUAUCUACCUCAGAAUUCAGUCUUCAAUCCUACAGGUACCAAAGGACAUUUGCACCACCUCUUUGACACAAACACUUAUUGACUGAUUUAUAUCAGAUUUAUUUUCUUUAUGGUUUUGUGUAACAGUACACCUCAUAAAUUUUACCUCAUUUUAUUAAUGAUGAAUUUGUUAGUACUAGAUUUUUUCAUUUGCAUUUACUGUACAUUGAGAUGAUUUCAUUGAUCCACUUUUUUACUUUAUGAUUACAUUUUUAAUUCUUUUGACUUGAUUUAAUUGAUUUCUUUGAUAUCCUACAUAUGGGUAAUUAAAAUGCUUGUAUUUGUUUUAGUAACUUUGGGUACUUCUGCUAUCUUCAGGAGUUCUUUGUUACCCAAAGAUCUUGUAAUUAGAGAAAAGUGUAAAACUUUGUAAAAUCUUGAUUGCAAGAUUGCCUUUUAUAUUAUUUCAUUCAAAAUUACUGUAAUGUUUGCAUUGCAAUGUUCUUUAAUAAUUUUCAAAUUAAUAAAAUUUUGUUUGCACAAUGGCUCCGAAGAUGUUCCUGACCCAAAAUGUUAUUUUUUCUUUCAUUGUGUGAGAACAUUAUAAUUAUCGUUACGUUGAACAUAGCAAUUUAUACUAUACAUGUGCCUUCUUCAUUAUUGUUAGAAUAAUAAUUAUAGAAAUGUUUUGUAAUAAAUGAC